GGGGGAAAGUCUUAUUCCUCCUCGUUGCUACCGCUGCUGCUUUGAGGACCUUACCCGAGGCGGAGGGCGACCACCGUUUGCGUGCGUGUGUGUGUGACUGUCUGUGAGCCCCUGUGGCGUUGGCGGGCGGGACGCAGGAAGGCGGGCUCGUCGUCGUCGUCCUCCUCCUCCUAGCUGGGCCUGGGUUGGGCGCUUCCUGACAGAGCAGAGGCUCCCGUGUCGGGCUAGCGCGGCCUUUUCGCGCACAGGGCGGGCCCAGGCCCCGAAAGGGGGCAUUUAAGCCUUGCCAGGGCAACGGCGCCGCUCUCGGCGCGUGAAAGCCCUCAGGCGGACCCCCGCUUGCCCCCAGGCCGGACCCAGGGCAGGCGUGGGCCCCGGGGACCCCCAUCCAGAUCAUGAAGUUUUUGCAGCUUUUUGGGCGAUUGAGAUCAGUCAUCAUUGGGAUGGUCCAUGUGAAAGCACUGCCAGGAACACCAGGGAGUAUAUUGCCCUUGUCUCAGAUCACUGAAGAAGCCUGUCAGGAAGCUGAAAUCUAUAGGGCUGCAGGAGUUGAUGGCUUGAUUGUAGAAAAUAUGCAUGAUCGGCCAUACACAGUUGGUGUUGGUCCAGAAGUUACUGCGGCCAUGGCAGUCAUUUGUGCAACUGUGAAACAAACAUGCCCUCUUCUCCCAGUGGGUGUUCAGAUCCUUUGUGCUGCAAAUCAACAGGCUGUAGCAGUUGCUCUUGCCGCAGGUCUUGACUUUAUUCGAGCUGAAGGCUUCGUUUUUGCUCACGUGGCGGAUGAGGGAAUUCUAAAUGGCUGUGCUGGCAGUUUACUAAGAUACCGGAAGCAAAUUGGAGCAGAACACAUUCAGGUUUUUGCUGACAUUAAAAAGAAACACAGUGCUCAUGCUCUGACAGCUGAUGUCAGUGUAGUAGAGACGGCUAGGGCUGCUGAAUUCUUUCUGGCUGAUGGUGUCAUAUUGACUGGAACUGCAACUGGCUUGGAGGCGGAUCCCAAAGAACUGGAAGACGUUGGACAUGCUGUGAAGAUUCCAGUACUGGUUGGAUCUGGAGUGACUCUGGAAAAUUUGAAGGAUUACUUGGGUGCAAAUGCCUUGAUCAUUGGUUCAUAUUUCAAGAAAGAAGGCUAUUGGGCAAAUAGCAUUGAUCCGGAUCGUGUGAAAACGUUUAUGGAUUAUACCAGUAAACUGAGAGAGUUAAAUUGUUAGAACCUGCUGCAGUCAUACACAAUCCGUAUGCCAUUUGGGUUGUAUCCUAUAGCCUCACCUUUACCAAAUGCCUUAACUUGGUAUUUCUCAAAUGUUUGAUACUCAAGAAAUAUCACUAUAUAAUCAACAUUUACUAAUCAUCAAUCACUAUUAAAAUGUAAAAAAUAAAAAUCGUAUUAAACACAGAGGUUCCUCAAAGGGCAAAGGAGGUGCAUUCUGUACAUGACCAAGCCCUUUAUUUCUGAGGCUCAUAGUUCUUAAUUACCUUUUUCACAUUAUACCUCGUAAACUUCUUUUCUGCCCCUGGGCCGUUUUCAGCCCCCUUUCAACCCCUGGGUCUUUAUUACCCGCUGCAUAGUCCCAUUGGCCUCAGGCGGCCAGUAUUGACUACUUUGGGAAAUUCUGUGCUAAACUAUGGUUUUACAUAGCAUAUGAAUGUGAUCCGUGCUCCCUGAAGGGUGGUGGUGGUAGAUGCUUCCAACUCUGGCUUAUUGUUUCAAGGCACUCUUAAGUCUCUCUUGCAACACAUUAGUGUGCUGUGGAACAUGCUUUUGGAAUUUCUGCCUUAGCUGAUGAUCAAAAGUCUAGAAAAUGUAAAUGAUACUUAACAGUGUUUGCAGCGAUAGGGGAGGUAAGAUAUACACAGAACUCAGUCAGGAAAUCUGGUGAACAUAUGCAUUUUGCUGUAUGCCAAGUUACUUUACUAUCAUUAAGAACAAUUGCAUAGGACAUUUACAGUCUGAUUCUAAGCAUCCUUAUUCAGAUAUAAGUCCCCACUCAAUUCCACUGGGGACCUUUUUUUAGGAACAUAGGCAGCUGCCUUAUAUCAAGUCAGACCAUUGGUCCAUCUUGCUCAGUAAUGUCUACACUGACUGGCAGCAGCUCUCCAGAAUUUCAGAUUGGGUUCUCUCCCAGCCCUACCUAGAGAUGGUGGGGAUUGAACCUAGGACCUUUUGCUAUACACUGAGCUAUGGCUUUUUCAUCCAGCAGAAGCUGUUGACACUCUGGGAUCAUUCAGAUACUCAGUAUGACAAAUAUAGAGGAAUUCUAGCCCAGUGUCAACAGCAUAGCUGUUGUAUUGUUUGCUGCAAUUGUUUUAUUGUAAGAUAUUUUUACCCAGUUCCUUCAAAACAACAACCCAGAGCAGCUUAAAGUGACAAAAUCACAACUAUAUCAAAACUACAAUUACAGAGAAUAGACAAAUAAAACAAAAACAGCAGUAUAAAAUUAGCAGGAUAGCCAGCUCUAGCACUUAGUGAGGAAUAUACAGGGGAGGAUGGUCAAAGUUUUAGAAAGCAUAAUAUACAGAAUGCUUACAAGGUGACAGUGUUGAGUAUUUUUUAAAAUGCCAGUUCUCAUGUUCUAAGACGGGUGAGGACUUGUGGCCCUCCAGAACUUGUUCGUCCAAAUCCGAUCAUCCCUUAACAUUGACUAGGUUGAUGAGAGAGUCUAACAACCAUUUUUCUAAGACUAGGAAGCCGUUUUCACUGUUCUCAGUCUGAAGUCCCCCUCCUCCACACACCCCACAAAGCAGUCCAGAAGUUUUCGUGUCAUGCUACAUUUUUUUCUAAUGAAAUCAUCACUAGCUUGGAAACAACAUUUUUAGAUUUCCCUGCCAUUACAACCCAAGAUGUCAACUAAAUAAAGCAACUUAAUACUUAUCAAGUGUUAUAAACACAAUUCUAGGAAGGCAUUUAGAAAUUGCAUUACAGACUCUAAUAAUGACUGUUCAGGAAUGGUGAAAGUUGUGGGGUUUUUUACAGAUACUGACUUGCUAGAAGUCAUUCAUUCAUUACUGGGAAGGUGAAACUUUAAUGUGUUACUGCAGUGUUGCAAGUUAACAAGGAAAAAAUGAGAUUACUGGAUUCCCUCCUUUAUACUCAUUUAACUCAAAGUGUAAUCAUUGCUAGUGCCACUGGAGUUGGGUCUAGAUAAAAUGGCUUGUGUAGAAGCCAGCAUCUUAAUUAUGUUUGUAUGCAUUGAUUACUACCAACUGUGUCUGGGUUCCAGCAUUGUGUACAUAUUGCCGUUGGAACUUCUGAAGUAUACCUCAGUUAACUAUCACUUGAUGACUCUCCGCUAAAUGUGUGAGUGCUUGAAAUGUCUCACAGCAUUCCCUCUCCCCUUUCAUGAUAUCUUUCACAUGUGCAACUCAUUACUUUGUACAGCAGCCAUUGUGUAAUAAAUGCAUGCAUGUAUAAGCUCACUCGCUCUGGGUGUUUUGAGGAGGGGGCCAUUCUGGUAUGUUCCUUGGGGAUCUACCUGUUCUAGGAUUAGAGAUGGUGGUUCAAAAUGAGGGAUAUGUAACAACCUGAUCCAGAUCUAUUUAUGUAAUAGUUUUGUCUGUUUUGUAUAUUUAUUUAUUACAUUUAUAUACUGCCUUUCUUCCAUGGAGCUCAACACAGCAUAUAUGUAUUUCCUAGCAGCCUUCACUGAGGCACAACUCUGCUUGGUGGCUGCUGCAACUUGUGCCUAGAUUCCUAGGGAGAGGGCAUGUCUAAGAAGCCAGUUUAAUACUGUGGUUUAGAUAGAUCUGUAGAAAAGCAGAAAGUAUUUGCACGCUGCAACAAUAUGUCAAUGAGCUGCAAAGCAGGAAGAAUGUAAUACACCUGGAAAAAACAUCCAUUUCCUAAAUGUGCACAAUAUUUAGAACAUGCAUCAAAUGUUCAUGGCUUCCCUGUUCAAUUACAGCAGCUCCAUGUACCAGGUCCAAGCACUUUAGAAGCUGCAGAAAGGCCCAUAAUUUGGCCUUAAGUUAUGAGGCACACACAAAAAAGUAACUGUGGGAUUUAGUGGGCUAGCAUCAAAGUAAAUCUGAUUUUAAAAUCCACAGGGGAAGAUUGAUUGCCUCCCCUUUAUCAUGUUCAUUGCUGCAAGUAUUUGUGUAGUAGCGUUAAGCAUCUGCUUGUCUGUUGCGAGCAGAUGCUAUAAGUAGGAUUUGACCUUUCUGUUUUGGAAAAUUGCUUGAAUGUUUAAUGUUAAAAUAUUAAGUUAUCAGAGAGGCUCAUCUCUUUGGGAGAAAAGAAUGCUCAAUUUUACACUAUGCGAGUUCUUAAAGUAACCAUAAGAAGCAUGAAUAACUUCAAAGGAGAACAAAGCAAGCCAUGUUAAUGUGGAGAAACUCUGGAAGUAAAUAACAGCUGUUCAAGGAGACAUCUCUUAAAUAUGUAUUAAUUAAUUUGAAGUGCAUCACUUAAAUAUGCAAAGAGAUUAUCUUGUGUUAAUUUACAUUAAAACACUACAGCACUUGCCAGGUUCGUUAUAGUAUCCUAAGCUAUCACUCCAACCUACGCAACACCAUUUUGUUGGGUGUUGAUUGCUUUCGAUUUGCCCUUUUAAAAAUGUCAGAUAGCUGCCUCUUUUCUGGUAGGAUCUGUUCUUAUGCACGUAUUUCAGUCUUGCGUAGUUAUUGCAAUUUCUGUCAAAUGCAACAAGGGCCUAGGGUGUUAGGAGAAACACCAGGUAAAGGAGGUUUCAGAUGGUAAGGUUUAAAUCUCCACCGAGAAGGGUCGUGGCUAUGGGUUUUGCUGUCUGUGGGGCCUUGAAUGAGCGGGUGCACCUGUUGCUAAACAUUUUGGGAAAUCUCUAAACCUGAUUGUGUGGUAUCCAGGGUCUGAAAUCUAUUUGGGUUUUUUGUUGUUUUGUUUUGUUUAGUCAGGGUGAGGCUUCUGUGGCCAGACUACAUUUCAUUACCCUUUCUUGGAAAGAUUGGUAGUAGGACACUGUCCCUUACAAGUGAAAUAUACGACAAAAAAAGCUAUUACAGCAGAUUUUUACAGAUCUCCUUCUGUGUUGCAAUGCAGACCUUACAGCUCAGUCCUGUACAUGUUAAGUUCCAUUGAGCUUAAUGGGGUUUGUGCCCAAGUAAGUAUGUACAGGAUUGCAGCCUUAGGCAUAUUUGCAUCUGAAGCAGCUGCUGCUAAUAGUAAUAAUAAUUCUAGUCUCAACUGUUGAUGGUCCAAAUUUAGAAAUUUUCUGAACUAUGUGCUUGUUGAGCCCAGGCCCUCUCAUGAGGAGCGGGGAGGGGGAAGGCAUGAGCUUCAGGUGCCACAGCAGUUAGAAAGCAUGGACGUUCCAGUUGUUGUUGAAGCUAGUCCCGACCUUGAGGAGGAGAGCGAGCUUGCCGCCCCGUCAGUUCCCACGGAUAGCCCUGCCCUCCGAGGAGACAGCCCUCAGCCUCCAAGCACACCCCCAGGACCAUUAAGGGAUGCUCCUGAGAAAGCAGUAACUCCUCCUUCAACAAGCAGGGUCCCAGAGACGCCCGAUGCUUUCCCGCCCACUGCUCCCCAACCUGCCGAUAAGGCACCUGUUCUGUCUGAUGAGGCUUUGGAUGUUCGCCCCCCCUUCACUGCGCACACGAUGUCUGGAGAAGCAGAUGGGGCAGAGGGCGUGUGCGCGCAGGAGUGAGAGGUUACACUUGAAGACCUUCCCUAUUUAAGUCUGCCAUGUUCAGAAUUGGGCACGUUGCAGAGCAUGUCUAGAGUGUAGUUAGGAAAUUGUAGUGAGUUAGCAUAGGGUUUCCUAUGAGGCACGCUGCCUUUGAUGUAUCAAUUACUUUAAUAAAACAAGAAUUGAUUGCACCCUCGUCUCAGCCUUGUGAAUCCCACUCUAAACAGGACAGUGCUCCAUGUAUUGGAACU